AUGGUCUUGGGUUUCAAUGUCUUAAUGAUUGCCACUGAAGGAUCAUCAGUGAAAGUUCAUCCAGAAGGAAACACAACACUUCCCUGUAGCAUUAAAGAUGAUAAAGAGAUUACCUGGAUCAUUACAAAUGGAAACCAAAUAUUUGUCAGAAUUCUGAGACUAGAAUAUAUUUAUGGAACGGAAUCUAAACCAGAGCCCUCCAAUAUUCACCCCAGUUAUGCAGGUCGGAUAAGAGCUUUCAGUUCAUCCACAAACACUCACUCUCUGCUUCUGAUGAACAUCACUGACACUGAUCUCAUGCUCUACUGCUGCACUGAAUAUAUGAUUGAGCAAACUCACUGCACAAAACUAGAGUUUGAAGAAGUGAGCACUGAAGAUGUCGAUCAGGAUACAGAUACUAGCAGUAAUGAUCCAGUGAUCAUCAGUGUCAUCCCGUGGCUGCCUGUCGUCUGCUUGCUUCUGCUACUCUUAUUGCUGUCAAGUGUCUAUGUGUGUUGGAGAGGAACAGGACUGUGGAAAGAUUGUGGAAGAACUAAUAACCUGAACCAGGACUGGAUUCAUAGUGUUCAGGGUAAAAUGGGACAAAGUGAUUGGACACUGGCUGAAGUUUUGUAUACACCAAUACCUUAA